GUUUUUUGGUUUUGAUGCCGUGAACCUGGAACUAUGCCCGCAGCCACUGUGGAUCAUAGUCAAAGAAUAUGUGAGGUUUGGGCCAGCAACCUGGAUGAGGAGAUGAAGAGGAUCCGACAGGUGGCCCGAAAAUUCAACUACAUUGCAAUGAAUUGCAUUUAUUUAGAUGCAGAGACUACCACAUCAAAUGGGAGACUUUUCAGAAGCGCUCUACAACAACAACUCAGUGCCAGGCGCUAGUCAAAUGAGCACGAAAUAAAAGGUACAGGUGACGAGAGAGCUUCUGUGAAAUGCAGUGGUUUUCAGAACUGACUCCCUCAUCUAACACCCGAUUCAACUCGUCAGCUCAUUAGUAAAGACUUGAAGACCUGAAGUGGGACAGAAAAGGACACAGAGUUCCCAGGUGUAGUUGCAAGACCAAUCGGUGAAUUUAGAAGCAAUGCUGAUUACCAGUACCAGCUGUUGCGGUGUAAUGUUGACUUGUUAAAGAUCAUCCAGCUUGGCCUUACAUUUAUGAACGAACAGGGGGAAUACCCUCCAGGGACAUCAACAUGGCAGUUCAACUUCAAAUUUAACCUCACGGAAGACAUGUAUGCACAGGAUUCCAUCGAGUUGCUCACCUCGUCAGGUAUCCAGUUCAAGAAGCAUGAGGACGAGGGUAUUGAGACACUGUACUUUGCUGAGCUGCUUAUGACCUCAGGUGUCGUGCUUUGUGAGGGGGUCAAGUGGCUCUCAUUUCAUAGUGGCUAUGACUUUGGGUACUUGAUUAAAAUUUUGUCCAAUUCGAAAUUGCCAGAGGAAGAGGUUGACUUCUUCGAGAUUCUUCGUUUAUUUUUUCCCGUCAUUUACGAUGUGAAGUACCUCAUGAAGAGCUGUAAGAAUUUGAAGGGUGGUCUGCAGGAGGUGGCAGAGCAGCUUGAGCUGGAGAGAAUUGGACCUCAGCAUCAGGCAGGCUCUGAUUCACUCCUCACAGGAAUGGCUUUUUUCAAGAUGAGAGAGAUGUUUUUUGAGGAUCACAUUGAUGAUGCAAAGUAUUGUGGUCACUUGUAUGGACUGGGUUCAGGCUCAUCCUAUGUGCAGAACGGCACUGGAAAUGCUUACGAAGAGGAGGCAAACAAGCAGCAGUCAUGACACAACAAGAAUCCCUCACCAUAAAGAACCUCAUAUAUAUAUAGGGCUCAAACCAUGGGUUUUUAGUUAUUUUGUUUUUCAUGAAAGAUUAGAUAGGAUUUUGCACUUUAAAGCUCUCAUCCGACAGAACUUCUUGCCUUUGUUGCCUUCUCUGGGUUAAAUCUUUCACACAAUGUUCAUCUUUUAUGGUUAAAGAAGAGGAACCAUUUGGUGUUUUAGUUUUCUUCCCACAGCUCAGCCUUAAUAUUAAGAUAACUUUUUAUGUUCUUUUUUUAUCGUUAAUUUAUUGCAUUCAUUUCUUCUCGUGUGCGGUUGCAUAGUUCGACUAAUUUGGCGAAACCGAGCACACCAGUCACCUACGUGAACUAUCAUUCCCUGAUCACAGGAGUACUGAUUUCUCACUCUUUGCAAUAGCUGUAGACAGAUGGAGGAUCUCACAGACUCACAGGUAAAUACAGGCACUUAACUGCAAAGCAAAGCCUCACACUGAUUUUACCCUUUACUUUGGGUUAGCACAGAUUUUACCACACAAGUAAAUUAAGAGUGAUGAUGUAACUGCCACUAUUUAAGUGAACUGAGGUCACCUCGUACUUCUGGAUCAGGAUCGUCUUUCCAUUUUCAUUUUUAAAAGAGAUUUAAAGGUUUUGUAGUAUUUUAGUAUCACAGAAGUUCAAAGCCUUUUAUUCAUUUAAGAAAUAAUGCCUCUUAAAAGAAAUCUUAGUCAACUCAAGUGCUCAGUAUCAGUGGAAUAAGUUUUACGUGUAGUGCUGGUUUUUGAAUGGUGCACAUUUUGUGCUGUUUGGGUUUUUCCUCCAUUUGUAUUGUAUUGUAUUGCUUUACAAUUCUGUGUUGCCUAGAUCUGCUGCAUGUACUGAAACAUUUUUGAAUAAAUGCUGUGUUAACUA